AUGAACUGGCUCAAAUCAACGUACGCAUUUCCUCUCAUUUUCCACCCCGCCUCGCGAGUGUUGCGGGUACGCAGGAGCCGAUCUAUGGCCCUGAGGCGAUUCGAUCUGUUGCUCAACAAGAAGUCCCUUACACUGUACUCUCGAAGGAGGACCUGCGUUGCGCGCCUACCAAUACACCAAUGUCGAGACCAAGACCUUCUAUAUCAUGGCCGACAAUGGCACCUUAGUUUUUGUGCAGAUCAUCUACAGCAACAUUGUCCGUUUCUGUUUUCUCUAACCUCUCCUGGUUGUUAUAGUGGCAUUCACACCACCGCCCAGUUCAACGCGAAGAUCUUCAACCUUACUGGAGAUGCCGCCCACAAGUGGUACUCGGAUCCCUUGUACAACUUUAUGUUCGAUGAGAGCAUGCUUUCCUUUGGAGCCGAUAACCUCUCUUUAGCGCUCAAUGAGGAAGGAGAUGCAUACACACUGAAGUCCGCCGUGAACGAAGACUGUCUGGUGAACAUCACCUUCAAGCGUUCUUCCCCCGGUUUCGUCAUUGGAAAGGAUGGCACUUCCUACUUCGGUACAGAUGCACAGAACCCCUGGGGUUCGAUGAGCCAUGCAUUCUGGCCCCGUUGUGGUGUUGAAGGAACGAUCACCACCAAGGAGCAAACUUACGACCUCAAAGGCCGCGGCAUGUUCAUCCAUGGCCUUCAAGGCAUGAAGCCGCAUCAUGCUGCUGCGCGGUGGAACUUCGUCAAUUUCCAGACUCCUACAUACACUGCCGUCAUGAUGGAGUUUACAACGCCCCCCUCUUACGGAUCGACCGUGGUGAACGUUGGCGGAAUUGUUAAAGACGGAGAGAUUGUUUACGCCGGUGUAACUAACUCGGCUACCCAUACUGAGACAGCCCAGGACCAGGAUAGCGACUGGCCCGAGCCGAAAUCCAUCAAGUGGGUUUGGGAUGGCAAGUCGCAAGAUGAUAAGGCUGUCCAUGCGGAGGUCGAUGGUGCACUCGGGCGGAGAUUGGACCGCAUUGACGUUAUGGCGGAGGUGCCAGGCUUCAUCAAGACUAUUGCCGGUAGCGUCGCUGGCACACGGCCCUACAUCUUCCAGUUCGCUCCCCAAGAGAAGCUCACACUGAAAUUGAAGAUCGGAGAUGAAGAAGUCUCCGAGGAGGGUGUCAUGUUCUCCGAGUCGACGUUCAUCUCGUGAAUGACGCUACGUACAUAGAUCAUUGUUUUCUGGGUCUUGUCCAUGGCGUUUUGAGUGUUAAUCGUGGAUUCUCCUAAUUGUCGCUGCUGAUAUGCAGUCGAAAACCCAACUCCUAAUGUUUCAAAAACAUCAUAUAAGAAUCUUUAAUGAUCUACAUAAAUCUGUAUCUUCCUAUCAAUGUCACAUAUUGGGCGAGCAUCUGAAACUCAUGCCUCCGCUUCUUGCGGUUUCAAAAAGGGACUUCUUAACUAGGAGUUUGACCGGGAUCUGGAGCAGGUAACUGGUGUUCCUCUAGCCUUGGGAUUUGCCUCUCCAGGUAUAGCAACACAGCAGAUCAUCCGAUGGUCGAGAUCACUUGUUCAUUCCAAUCUCCUCGGC